CUCUUGCGUUUUCUCGAUCUGUUUCUUCGUCUUCAGUCAGACCGGGAGGGGAAUGCCGACCAAGAAGAAGGAGAGCAAGGCCCCUGCGGCAGCUGUGCCGCUCGACAAGGGCAAAGCAAAGGCAAGCGAAAUUGACGAUAUCUUUGGUGGGAAGACGGCACCACUGGCGGACGGGGCUGAGAAGACGAAGAAGAAGAAGAAGCAGCCCGAGCCAGCAGCGGAGAGCAAGGGCAGCGCGGCUGGAGGAAAGGAGAAGGAGGUGCCUGCCAAGAAGAGAAAGGCAGUCGAUGAGAUUGCAGACCCUUCUGUCUCGAUUCUUGCCAAAGAGAAGAAGCAAAAGAAGAAGCAGGGAGUCUCAGAGGAAGAGCGAGAUUUCAUGGACUCGAGGGGCAAGAAGCGCGCCAUGACAGACGACGGUCUUCGAAUCUUUACGGAAAAGGAGCUGGGUAUCAAUGAUGAAUCCGGAGGUGAGUCUGGAUUCUCUAGUCUUUACUCCCCACGGAGAACUAAAGACAUCUCGACAGGGACACCGCUUUGCCCCUUCGACUGUGACUGUUGUUUCUGAGCCCCCAUCUCAUUUGUAUUUGUAAAUUGGCAUACCAUCACACCACGGACCGAUCGACCAGCCCACAUGUAUCAUGCCGAAGAUGUCAGACAAAACAGCCCACUCCUUAUCCCGACUCUCGCUCCCAUUUCUCCAGAGCAUAGUCGUCCAUUAGGUGGGCUAAGA